UUUGUUUGGAUCACUUAGAAACACAGAAACACAAAAAUACGUAAAACUAUUUGUCUGCAAUGGCUUCAAAAACGCAAGAUGCCAUGUUGGCCGAAAUGGACUUAAUCUUUCUGGACACAAUACUUCCAAGGUGCUGCAAGGAUAUCACCACCACCCAGGCAUUCUUCAAGGACUACAGUGCCGAGAAGCCGAAGAGAACGGUUACGGCGUUUCGGUACCAAACGGAUCCCUCCCUAAUUUCAGGCCAUUAUGCGAACAAUCUGAAGGUUUGCAAGGAGGAGCUGAAGACAAGGACAUGGCCACGAUCCAUGGACUGGCGCGAGGAGUAUGCGCAGUUCGUCAAGCGAAACAAGUGGUGCAACGAGGAGAUCUAUAAACUCUUCUUCGUGCAUCCGCCCAUCGAUUACCUACAAAUAAAGGACUAUCUUCAGGACCUGCUUAAAACCACUUAUAUCUCGGAUUAUUCUCCCAAUACAUACGUGUCCCUUAGAAGUCAGCGCAGGCAGAAGGUUGAUCCGAAUCCUGACAACAUUGACUAUCAGACGACCUAUGGCAAUUACCACAAUCGCAUUCAGGAGGUGAAUCCCUUCAAGUCGAACCUUUUUUCAGAACAAGAAGCAAUCGUUAAGGGUAUGAACAUAGGAGAUUUUGCCAAAGAGAUGCGCAAACUGUUCACCAAGUACAAUCUUACAACCUAUUACGAUACCAUCUGCCUCCCAGCAUUGAUAAAGGCUAAGGAUGGUAUUAUGCCAUCGGGCCCGAUCGAUCGCUACACUCUUCGCAAGCACUAAAUGGCAUCUGAAUAAACGUAUCUUCGUGACUUCAGACAAAUGUAUUGUUUUUCUAUACUUUUUUUGCCAAUAUUGAUUAGAAUUGUUUAUAGAAGGCAAAUCGACCCUCUCGUAUAUUGUGAUAAAUAGAUUUUCGGUGAUCAAGCAAACUUUUUGCUGAACG